AUGUAUAAAAGGGUGAGCAGUCGGUGGAGAGCAGGUGUGUUUCGCGAUGGAAGAACGCCGCACGCUCAAAGACGAGUUGAAGUAUCUCACGGGAUUCGGCAACGAGUUCUCUAGCGAGGACGAACGUUGUCCAGGUGCCCUACCGGUCGGCCAGAACAAUCCUCAGAAAUGUCCUUACGGGCUCUACGCGGAGCAACUGUCCGGCACGUCGUUCACUGCUCCACGCUCUCGAAGCAGACGUUCUUGGCUGUAUCGGAUCAGGCCUUCUGUCCUUCAUAAACCCUUCGUCCCUAUCAGUCGUGUAACUCAUCUCGACUACCAAUGGGACGCUAUUACUCCAACACCUACUCAGCUCAGAUGGAGACCGUUCGACGUGCCAACCAGACAGGCCGCGGAGGUGGACUUUGUCGGCGGUUUACACACGAUAUGCGGUGCGGGUGACUUUCGUGCUCGACAGGGUGUCGCGAUCCACGUGUACCUUUGCAACGCCUCCAUGAAGGACAAAGCUUUCUAUAACGCGGAUGGAGAUUUUCUUAUCGUGCCUCAGCUAGGCGUGUUACUGAUAACCACAGAGUUUGGUAAAAUUCGUUGCGAACCAAACGAGAUAUGCGUGAUCCAGCAGGGUAUGCGAUUCAACGUUGCGGUUUUUGGACCGUCACGAGGAUACAUUCUGGAGGUGUUCGACGAUCAUUUCCAACUGCCCGAACUGGGCCCGAUAGGAGCGAACGGCCUAGCAAAUCCACGAGAUUUUCAAACACCGGUUGCGUGGUACGAGGAUCGCCAGACUAAUUACGACAUCGUAUGCAAGUAUCACGGGAGGCUGUUUGUCGCUGAACAAGAUCAUAGUCCGUUCGACGUGGUUGCUUGGCACGGGAAUUACGUCCCCUACAAAUACGACCUCGAGAAAUUCAUGGUCGUUAAUACGGUUUCUUUCGACCACUGCGACCCUUCAAUCUUCACCGUUUUAACGUGUCCGUCGGGAAAGGUUGGCACAGCCGCAGCCGAUUUCGUGAUAUUCCCGCCCCGGUGGUCUGUACAGGAGCAUACUUUCCGGCCUCCUUAUUAUCAUCGAAAUUGUAUGAGCGAGUUCAUGGGUCUCAUAAGGGGAAGGUACGAAGCUAAAGAAGAAAGUUUCCAUUCAGGCGGAGCGUCAUUGCACUCAAUCAUGACGCCACAUGGACCGGAUACGCGUUGUUUCGAAACUGCUUCGAACAGCAAGCUCAAACCUGAGCGUGUCGCCGAUGGAACUCAGGCUUUCAUGUUCGAAACGUCGUACAGCUUGGCGACAACUCACUGGGCCAGGAACCUUUCUAAUAAGCUGGACAACGAUUAUUACAAAUGCUGGCAAACUCUUAACAAGCAUUUCGAUCCGGACGUCAAACCACUCUGACCAACCUUUCUUUCUUUACAUCGCACGCGUCUCCUCUUCUUCUCCCCUUUGUCCUCCUUUCUUUCCUAACAGCGCAGCGAUGAAGAUAAAAGUACGCGCGUUUCGAUUCUCUCACUUCUUAAUCGCUAUCUUUCCUUUUCCCUAAUUCCACCACCGACACCUUCCUUAUAAUAAACUCCUCCCUGAUAAACG